AUGGAGACUUAUUUGAAGAAGUUUAUGGACUUGCCAUUAGGCUAUAAAUUGCAACAUGAGAUUCAAGGGGAGAAACUGUCCAAAGCCGACUAUUCUUUGUUCAUCAGAGGCAAAGAUGACUUUUUUGUAGUCCUCCUUGUUUAUGUUGAUGACAUUAUCAUCACCGGUGCAAAUAAACUCAUAUGGACUCUUCCUCUCACAGAGACAUUACACGCCCUUAAGCUCAUUGAAGAUACAGGGCUUCUUGGUGCAAAACCAAAUUCUACAUUGAUGGAUCCCACUGCCAAAUUGAGUAUAUCUAAUGAAGACAUUCUUCAUGAUGCCACUCCAUACAGACGACUCAUUGGAAAGCUGCUAUAUCUAACUAUAUCACGACUGAAUAUAACCUUUGCAGUUCAUAAACCGAGCCAGUUUAUGACCAAACCAACCUUAAGUCACAUGAAUGCAACCAAUUAUUUGGUAAGUUAUCUCAAAGGAUCUUUUGGAAAAGGCAUCAUGUUACCAAAAGUGAAAGACUUCUCCAUUAGCACUUUUACUGAUGCAAAUUGGAGUUCCUGCCCAGAUACAAGACGCUCAGUAACCGGUUUCUGUGUCUUUAUUGGAAAUUCUCUUGUUUCAUGGAAGUUUAAGAAGCAACCGACUGUCGCAAGAACAUCUGUGGAAGCUAAAUAUCGAGCCUUAGCUGUCACUACUUGUGAAGUUAUAUGGCUUCGAAGUCUUCUUAACGAGCUACAAAUUAAAGUUACAUAUCCAACUUUCCUGUUAUGUGAUAAUCAAGCUGCUAUCUUUCAAAUAAUCUCAUGUUUCAUGAGCGAACCAAACACAUCGAGUUGGACUGCCAUUUUGUUUGGGAUAGAAUAG